GCUACGUGAAAGGACUAGUCAGUCUGACAACUCCUCUAAGUGAGAUCGAACUCUUGAAAUUAUCUGAAGAGAUCAGUCCCAAUGACUGGCGAAAGCUCUGCUUCCGACUGGGAAUCGAUGAACCUACUAUAGCCCGAGCAGAGAGGGAAAACCAGGCCCAUUUAGCUGGAGGAAUCUACAAGACUUUGACACAAUGGAAACAAGAUCAGCUGGAGAACGAGGAGAGGGCGGUGUUGCUAGAAGCUCUUAUUUCUUGUGGAUUACGACGUCUGGAAGAUAGACUAACAAGAGGUUUCCCAAAGCGCAUCGGGAGUGUACAUGCACAGGGACCUUUCUGCUCCACCCUCAACGUAGCCCAAUGCCGCAAGGAACUUAUGAACAACUACCGGACAUCGCUUUGUAUGAUCCUACUAGUUCCCUGGGAUCCUAACUCUCACGUAGACAUGAGCACCAUUUUCACCAAUGUCUGCCUUGUCACGGCAGACACAUCUACUGCCAAUAAACAAUGGAUCCUUCUGCCAGGUUCCUACAAUGAUAUCCUGAAGGUUAAGGUCAACAAUGCUAAACCUCUGCGGAUUCUCAUCGAGGGAAAGGCUGGGAGUGGGAAGACCACCUUAAUGUCUAAGCUUGCCUAUGACUGGAUGGAGGAGUCGACAGACUCACCUCUCAAAGAUGUCCCUCUCGUGUUUUGUCUUCAACUCCGUCUUCUCAACCAGGACGAUGACUUCGGGGAGGCUGUAGUUCAGAACCUGCUCCCCGAGGAUACUCUCAUCACUCCACAGCAGAUAGAAGAGUAUUCUCAGGCUAACCCAGAUAAGGUGGUACUUGUUCUUGAUGGAUAUGAUGAGUUCAUGUCAGACAUUCAGGGUAUCAAGGGCCUCGGGAACAUCCUUAGAAUCAUCGAGAACAAGCGACUGACUGGAUGUACGGUCAUUGUAACGUCCAGACCAUGGAAGGCUACAGAUUUCAAAGACCAUCAUCUUGCCAAGCACUAUGCUCAUAUGACCGUUGAGGGCUUCUCUGAUGAUAGCACCAAAGUCUUCAUUCGUAAGUACUUUCAAGACAACCUACAGCUUUCAGACAGCCUUUUGGCUUAUCUUAAGGAUAACCCUGCCAUCCAGACAGUAACACCAUUCCCUCUCUUCUGUGCUAUGCUCUGCCAAGUAUGGAAAGAAGAAAGAGAUGCUCAUAGAGAGGCAAUGAAAGAUAUUGUUACACUCAGCAAGCUCUUCGAUCAUAUCUUGAGAUAUCUCUGGGCUCACCACAACCAGAAGCACCUAACUGGACAAUCUUCAUCAAGGAAAGGUCAGGAAUUGUCAAAGAGAAUGACUCUUACUCGCAAGAGGGGAACUUCCGCUCAUAUAAAGAUGGAUAUAGGCGUUUGUCUCAAGAAGAUCGGGAAGAUUGCUCUUGAAGGACUCAUUAGUCCCGAUAAGAAGCUCCAAUUCAGUGAAUAUGACUUCAAGAAAUGCCCCGAUGUCCUCAAGGUAGCAUGUUCUGUUGGGCUUCUUAUCCGUCAGAAGAGUAACCCAACAAGUUCACGAAGAUUAUCAAGACAAGAUUCCAUUCCUCAUCACGGGAUCACUUUCUUCCAUAAACUGGCUCAAGAAAAGUGUGCUGGAAUUUACCUGUCUUCCAUGUGCACAAAGCAACCGAAGAAAUUCGUGCAAACCCUCAAAGAUGUCUACAUAUUGACCAGAGCAGACGAGUUCCGAUAUGUCCUGCAAUUUGCCUGCGGUGAAGACCUUUACACCGCAAAGAAGAUCCUCCGACACAUGCCGAAUAUCACGCCUUAUCAAAAGUUGGCAUUAGAGUGCAACUUUGAGAGUCAGUCUAAGAUCAAGUCAAACAAGAGACUAUCGAAGUUCUUUGUGACACAACGACUGUUCAUGACCGGAAGACCGUCUGUCUACUCAUUCAACGCCCUUGAAUACUAUAUGAAUAACUGUGAGAUUCUCAGUCCGGAAGAUGCUCCAGUCGCCUUCACAUACUUUUCCACCGAUGGCGUUGGGCCAGCCCAGCUUGGUAAGGUCACCAGCAUCUUGAACCAACCUCAACUGCAGUUUUUAAUCCAGUUUAACAUGGAACAGUCAAGAAUCGAAGGCCCUGAUGUCAAAGGCUUCAUUGACUCACUCUCCCAGAAAGAGUUCAUUGGUGUCCUAAUGAUGUCUUCAAACGUUGCUGGUCAACAGUUUGUGGAAAGUCUUCUUGAAAUCCCUAAAGAUGGCCUUAAAUCAAUGGUCAUGAUGUACCUGCCAGUGCUCGAUUCCAGGUGGGCCACCGAUAUCCUGAAGAAACUUCCUUCCAUCUGCCCUAGAAUCGGAGCACUGGAAGCUUCUUUCACACCCGAAGAGAUUGCAGAAAGUGAGGAUUCAGAUAACCCGGAGGAAGACACAGAAGCUGAGAUCUUUCCGUGUGACACAGGAAAAUCAUCAUCAACACAAUCAAUGGAAGGCAGAGAUGUUGAAUGCUGCUCAUUUUCUGAACUCGCCACACUGUCGCUUAAGGGGUGUGUUCUCUGUCAGAAAGGAUCAAUGCAACUGGCAUCAACCCUGUCGCUGGCGAAAAAUCUGGAAAAGCUUCACUUGACGAAGCCAUCGUUGCAUUGUUCUUUCUACUCUCAUCUGACCAUCCUUGAAUGUCUUCGUGAGUUCUCAGUAAUUGAUUACACAUUCGGAAAGUUCAAUCUAGACAAGUUCCUUGAGAAGUGCCCCAUCUUGGAAGACGUCUAUGUUGCCGCCAUAGAGAACCAUCCCCACGAUGUAAACGGUGUCAUGAAGUCCCUUACCAAUGCAAUAGCUUACACCCCUGUGCUGAGGAGUAUCACUCUCUGGUUUCCUGGUGAAGGUAGUUGCCGAGAUGGUAGGAUAGAGGAUGGGGUCUUCAAGGAGUUCUGUGACGCAAUCCUGCGGACCUCUCAACUCUCAAAGCUUCUCCUAUGGCACGUUCCCCUCGGAACAGAACUGGUUAUGAAGCUACUGGAAGUAUGCAAGCAGCACAGGAAUCUUAUUACCAUCAGGCUGAGUCGAUGUUACACAACGAACUGUGGUCGAAUAACUGAGCUAUGUGAUGAACUGUUUGAUAUCGGUCGUCGAGUUUACGUUGCUCAUGGGCACUAGACAGGCAACACAAGAGAUCAUAACUAGACUGGUAACGCGAGAGAUCUACCUUACUUGGCAACACACCCUGGAAUUGAACAAGGACAAGACGUGAUGCCAGGAACGCUCAUGGAAUAAUGUAUAUUAUGUAUUCAUUGUAGUUUACUAUAUAAAAGUACUGUUCGUCACGAAUAUAUUAUGUUUUGUCCAUCCACAAUAAAUAUUCACUACGAGGUAAAUGAUAUGACUUUGUGAGAAAAGAAAGGGGAGACGGACAAGGGCAAUCCCUCUCUAUAUAUUUUUUUUGGGGGGCGGGGGAGUGGGACAGUCUUGGGGAUAGUACUUACUUGUAUCUCUGUAUAUAAAUCGUUAUUUUUCUAUCAUUACAUGCUGACAAAGUUAGCGCUAAAGAUAUAAGGUGAAGAACAAGUAUUAAGGCAUACAAUAUUCCGUUGAUAAUCUGAACCUGUAUGUGAUAUUGAUGAUACAUUGUACAAUUUGGAGGCCCAUCACUUUCUAUCUCUGUACGUCGAGUUUCCGGUCAUUUUUAUCUUACUAUUUAACAUUGAACUAUAUAGAAAUGUGUUCCGUGGCCGGGCAAACAUGUUUUUUAUGUAAAAAUUUACGCCCACAAAAAGGUAUGUUAAGGUGAUCUAAAACCAGAGUCAAGUUGGAAAUGACAGACCUAGCACCACUGGCGGAUCCAGGGCCGGUCCGUGGCCCCCUUUUGAGAGAGAGUUUUUUUUUUUUUUUUUUUUUUUUUUUUUUUUGGGGGGGGGGGGCUUAUCAAAUUUUCAUCGGAAAAUGUGCCCCCCUUUUUUUCCAACAAGCAUACCAAGGCAAGGGAGUAAUACAACCAAUCAGGGGAUGGCCCCCCCCCUUUCAAAAGUAAGGUGAUUUUUUUUCCUGCACACUAAAAAACAAACUAAGGUUAGGUGGGUGGAGGUAUGUGGCAUGAAUAAGCGAGGGACCUGUCACCUUACCGCCCAAAACGGAAUCAGAAAUUCAAUUUUAUCAAACAGAACGUAUAAGACGAUGCACCUCACGAUUGGUCUGGGACCCGGUUUGGAAUAAAACGUAAUUUGAUGCUUAUAUUGAGACAUGGAAUAUCUUCCUGUGUAACGUUCUAAAUCACCAUACCUGUCAUACGAAUACCAAUCUGUGCCUAUGCUUCCAUCCUUAUAAGAAUAAAAACGAAUUUAAUAUCCAGUCGUCAUAGCAAUCGUACGAUUGGCUAGGGCCUACGAUUGAAAACAAAUUCGGCCUUUACUCCAAAAUAAAGGCUUGCAAUCAUCCAAAAUUGCUAUAUGAGUAUUCUUUCAGUUAAUUUGAACUUUAAAUUGAAAAAGAUACUUUUCAUUUACAUUUUCAGUAAAUGAGCAAAGUGCGAUUUGUUCUAAACUCGGAUCGUGGACCAGUCGCAAGUUUAAAGGGACGACAUCAACACAGGUUGGAAUGGAAUCCGCCCCCCCCCCCCCGAAAUCUUGAAAAACUUACUUUUUAAUUACAAAAUACUUGCAUAAAAUGCAAAUGUGAAUAAAUAGUAUUGGGGCUAAAAUCCGCGAACAGACCCACUUCAUUAUCAAUUUUUCAUGCAUGUAUGUACUUCUUUAUCUUGUAAUUCAGUUGUUAUAUUGUUUCACAUAUGCAAAAUUGAUUAACAUAAUCGCGUGUUCUUGAUCAGGUUAAAAAAUAGGAAGAGAUGGUUUUGAGAAGUUCCUCAUUAAACCACAUCACGUGACUCACAAGCAAUAUAGGAAAACCUUUUUAUGUGACACGCAUGAUAUCUUGUAAUUCAAGAACCUAAAUCCAAUUGUUACGAAUUAUGUGGAAAAAAAAGUCAUGGAAUGUUGAUUUUUUUUUUAAAGCAUUGCAAGGAUAUCACAAGAGUACCGUUUCAGCUACCGUCAAAUCUUUCCAGGCCGGAAUAAAGCAAUAAUAAAAUAGCAAUCUCAAAUAUGAGCCAAAUUGCUAUUUUUUCCCCCUGAUGAUGCUGAUCACUAGAAAUGAGGAGAAAGACUGGGUAUAAAGAAGUAUUUUCUUCUUUAUUAGUUUAAUAAUUAUCAUAUCCAGGGAACAAAAUUGAUAUGGUAGUCAUAGCUGCUUUUGUUGUUUCUGUGGUAGUAGUAGUAGUAGUAGUAGUAGUAGUAGUAGUAGUAGUAGUAGUAGUAGUAGUAGUAGUAGUAGUAGUAGUGGUAGUGGUAGUGGUAGUGGUAGUGGUAGUGGUAGUGGUAGUAGUAGUAGUAGUAGUAGUAGUAGUAGUAGUAGUAGUAGUAGUAGUAGUAGUAGUAGUAGUAGUAGUAGUAAUAGAAGUAGUGGUAGUGAUGGUAUCAGUAGUCCAAUAAUGAUCCAGGGGAAAAAAUAAUUAAUGCAACAUUAUCUUGAGAAUUAUAUGUUUAUAUAUGAUUA